AUGGUUCGAGCUGCUUUCACUACGUUCGUCUUGCUGGCCGUGUGCCGAGCGGUUGGCGCUUCUCCCACCACCGACACUACCUUUGUCACGUCCACCUUCUCCUUUGCCGAGUGGGUUGAGGGUAUCAUCGCUGAUCCUCAGGGCAACCACCUUACCGCCAAACAAGCCAUCGCAGCUUUCUAUGCCGGCCGCAAUAACACUGUUUUUUCCGAAAACGUGAGACGCGGCCCUCUGUUGAAAAGAGCGUCAUGCAACGAACAACCGAAUACCGAGAUUCCGGUCGGCGACGCGGUGAGCUGCAUCAACUAUCUGACGGCCAAGGGUCAGACGGCGUGCGUCGUCAAUGACUAUUCGAGAUUAUGUGAGAGUGGCCAGGCACUCAUGGAUGGGAAUUCGGGGUCUCCCACAUCCUCGGCUUGCAAUGACGUUGCUCGCGCUGGCGGCUUCAUCAUGGAUCAUUGCACCCGAGCCGACAACACAGUGGAGGGAUCUGAGUAUGCGUACGGGAACGGGAAUCUGCUCGUGCGAAUCCACAGGGCAUAA